UGGCUGUGGUAACUAGUGAAACACCCCCAUGCCCACGGAUUUGCGAUGACGUAGGGACAACAAACAGUUGUUGGACUUGAGUAAGCUAACGUUAGCUAGCACAAGGACGAGGAGAUAAAACAGCAUAUUUACAUUCAAGCGCUUCUCGGGGAACGUCAAUAAGCGGCAAGGCUUUGUUUUACAAUAACAAUCAAAAAGGAGAGUAUUGCUCUAGAGUUAAAUAAUUUGGGGCACGAUCGAAACAUGCUCCGGACUAUGACGCUUGUUUUUUCCUUGCCUAUUCGGGGAUUGUGAUGCGAGGUGCUCCGGUGAGACCGCGAGCGACAUUAGGAAAUUAUUUAAAAAAUAGAAUAGAAAUAGAAUGAUAAACUCGAAAACGAAGUAUUUGGGUUUACCGAAAGGUGCAUGAAACUAAACUGGUCUAGGUGUCAUUGUUGGGUAACUACUUUAGCUAGGUAGCUAGUUUGCUUAAUGCACAAUACAUAGUAUUUUGCUAACGUAAUGGAGGCACCGUGAGCGAUUGUACAGUUUUAGCUAGUUAGCCAGGUAACGUUAAAUGGUCACCCAAAAUAUAGUUAUAACGUUAGCUAGCUUCCACAUCCACUUUUAGAGUGUGCUGACAAACAAAAUAGAGAAUACUGUAACUAAAAACGGCUAUCUAUGCACUUCAUUGAUAUCUAUCGUGGUUACCUAGCAUUAAAUUAGCUAGCCAAAGAAGUAUAAACUAGAUUGAGACUAGCUACUGUCCCAGGAUAAUACGUUAUUUCUCGGUUAGGAUUUGUCUGUCACAGUCGUUUGACAUGUGUUGCCUUUAGAUCUUGAUAAUUUGACAACUAUUUACAGUUGCUGGACAUGUGAUAUGGUCAAUUUAUCAAAGGUUUUCUGAAUUACAAUUUCAGGCUAUAAAUAUUCUGAAUUGCAGGCACGCAUCACGUAUCAAACCAGUCAAGAAAUGAUAUCUUGAAACAGUUGUGCAUGUGAGCACAAAUAGCUGUUUUGUCAAUCAAUUACUUUUAUCACUCAGAAUGCACUUUAUAUUGUCGUUGUUGACAUGUCAAAACAAAGUUGUAAACAUUCUUGAUGAAAGUACUUAUUACAAAUUGUUAGCUAUUUUAGGAUCAAAGACCAACAUUCAAAGGCUAGACUGAAAUCAACCUUGUGUCAAGUGCAGAGUUCUCGAAUCCCGUCAAAUUGCUAGAUCAAUUGCCAACACUAUCUUCCUGGAAAUGAAAAUAUGAAUAUCGAGGAGCAAGCUCUAGAUUUGUGCAAUGUCAAAAUGAAGAAUAAUGUCGAUGACAAUACUACCAAUAACUCGGAAGAGAUCAUACCCCGGAUUUCGGAACUGAUGGAUGGAGACUUGUGCAAACAAGGCAUUGGCACCGAGGUCGCCGACACAUCCUCUCUAGCCAGGCUCACAGACAACCCGCGGGGGGAGGACAACCACCGGUCAAAAGAGACACUAGAAAUCGACGAAGUGAACGGGAAUAAGAACAACAGCGUCCCAGAUACCCCUGCAAUAGUCAGUUCUGACUUUGCCGUUUCUAAUGACGACCAAGACCAAGAGGAGAGUAUCAAGGAUACAACACCAUCGGCCCUCAUGUUUGCUAUUGAGGAAGGGGAUGAUGGUGGGGAUAUGGACAUUAGUGUGGAUUUGAGCCUGGAUGAAAGUGGCAUGUUGGAGUCAGAACCUACAGACCAAGGACCAUCCCUUGCAGAGGAGACAUUCUCAAGCGGUACCAAUCCAGAUUCAUCUACCCCAGAUGUUGUCACGGACAAGGAACCUGAUAAACCCUCAGAACAGGAGGACUCGCCACCUGUCAUUGCCACAGGAGAGGCCCUCUCUCCAGCCCUGGAUGAGGGGGAUGAUAAACCCAAAAAUGGCAAGAGGGUGACUUUUCCUUCAGAUGAGGAUAUUGUCUCUGGAGCAGUGGAGCCCAAGGACCCUUGGAGACAUGCCCAGAAUGUGACGGUGGAUGAGAUUCUCUCUGCCUACAGACAGGCCUGCGUGAAACUCAACUGUAAACUCAUCCCCAAAGUGCUCAAACAGAUGCAGGAGCUGAAAGACCUAACUCAUCGAAACGAAUGCCUGGACCUUAAAGGUGAGAAGCUGGACUAUAAGGCGUGUGAGUCCCUGGAGGAGGUGUUCAAGAGGGUCCAGUUUAAAGUGGUGGACCUGGAGCAGACCAGCCUGGAUGAAGAUGGUGCGUCCGCUCUCUUUGACAUGAUUGAGUACUAUGAAUCGGCCACACACCUCAACAUUUCCUUCAACAAGCACAUCGGCACCCGCGGCUGGCAGGCCGCAGCCCACAUGAUGAGGAAGACGAGCUCUCUGCAGUACCUUGACGCCCGCAACACGCCCCUGCUGGACCACUCUGCCCCGUUUGUGGCACGGGCUCUCCGCAUCAGCGGCAGUCUUGCUGUGCUGCACCUGGAGAACGCUGGGCUCUCUGGACGACCACUCAUGCUGCUGGCCACGGCUCUGAAGAUGAACAUGAACCUACGGGAGCUGUACUUGGCUGAUAACAAGCUGAACGGUCUGCAGGACUCGGCACAGCUGGGCAACCUGCUCAAGUUCAACUGCAACAUCCAGAUACUGGACCUCCGCAACAACCACAUACUGGACUCUGGUCUGGCCUAUGUCUGUGAAGGCCUGAAGGAACAGAGGAAAGGCCUGGUCACUCUGGUGCUCUGGAACAACCAGCUAACGCACAACGGCAUGGGCUACCUCGCAGCUGCACUGCCCUGUACCCAGAGUUUGGAGACCCUAAAUCUGGGCCAUAACUCUGUGGGGAACGAGGGGGUCCACAAGCUGAAGGACGGGCUGAUCUCCAACCGCUCGGUGCUCAGGCUUGGCCUGGCGUCCACCAAGCUGUCCUGCGAGGGUGCCGUGGCGGUGGCAGAGUUCAUCGCAGAGAGCCCCCGGCUGCUGCGUCUGGACCUGAGGGAGAACGAGAUCAAGACGGGGGGCCUCAUGGCCCUCUCCCUGGCCCUCAAAGUCAACACCUCCCUCCUACGCCUCGACCUGGACCGAGAGCCCAAGAAAGAGACUGUGAAGAGCUUCAUCGAUACGCAGCGUUCCCUGCUGGCUGAGAUCCAGAACGGCUGCAAGCGGAACUUCAUCCUAGCCAAGGAGAAGGAGGAGACCGAGCAGCAGAUGCAUUCGGCCUCCAUGGCCGAGAUCGCCACCGAGGACAGAACCGAAGAGGAGGAUGGAGCUGAUUCCGGCGAGCAUGUUGAAAAAGAUGGGAAAGACAGUGAGUGUGAGGGAGGAGAGGAAGGAGUAAAAGACACUGAGAGCCUGACUGACAGCCAAUCGGCAGUGCGCUCUGAGGGAAUCGUGUUGCCUUUGCUGUUGGAGUCCGACUCGGACACAGACGACGAUGAGGAGGAAGAGGUGGUUCUCUCUAAAGCUCCCUCCGUCUCCCCUGUCCCCAAACACACUGGCCCUUCACUCCGGGCAGCGACAACCCAGCACCCCCUCAGUGCUUCACAGAUGCCAACCGCCCCCUCUACCCCACCAGCUACGGGGGCUUUCAUUUCAGGGAUCACCGUCACGGAGUCCACGGGCCCCCCCGGUACCCCCCCUUCGCCGGGCCGCUGUAUCUCUGUGUCGAGCCCCGGGAGGGGCCACAAGAUCUUCAUGGUGACCAGAGUAGAGAGCCCCUCUGACCAGCAGCAGGUUCUGGGGAAGAUUGGCAUGUACAACCCCAAGGCCUCAAAGGAGCCAGUGGUGUCACCAGUGAAGCAAACCACACAUCGACCACAGGCCCCUUCACAACCCUCACAGGAGGAGGUGAGAACAGAACAGACACAACCCCAGACCACGCCCACGCCACUGACACAGGAGGUGACACAGAGCCUGACAGAACAGAUACAACCCCAGACCACGCCCACGCCACUGACACAGGAGGUGACACAGAGCCUGACAGAACAGAUACAACCCCAGACCACGCCCACGCCACUGACACAGGAAAUGAGACAGAGCCUGACAGAACAGAUACAACCCCAGACCACGCCCACGCCACUGACACAGGAAGUGAGACAGAGCCUGACAGAACAGAUACAACCCCAGACCACGCCCACGCCACUGACACAGGAAGUGAGACAGAGCCUGACAGAACAGAUACAACCCCAGACCACGCCCACGCCACUGACACAGGAGGUGACACAGAGCCUGACAGAACAGAUACAACCCCAGACCACGCCCACGCCACUGACACAGGAGGUGACACAGAGCCUGACAGAACAGACACAACCCCAGACCACGUCCACGCCACUGACACAGGAGGUGACACAGAGCCUGACAGAACAGACACAACCCCAGACCACGCCCACGCCACUGACACAGGAAGUGAGACAGAGCCUGACGGAACAGACACAACCCCAGACCACGCCCACGCCACUGACACAGGAGGUGAGACCGAGCCUGACAGAACAGAUACAACCCCAGACCACGCCCACGCCACUGACACAGGAGGUGACACAGAGCCUGACAGAACAGCUACAACCCCAGACCACGCCCACGCCACUGACACAGGAGGUGACACAGAGCCUGAGAGAACAGAUACAACCCCAGACCACGCCCACGCCACUGACACAGGAAGUGAGACAGAGCCUGACAGAACAGACACAACCCCAAACCACGCCACUGACACGGGGGCUGGUCCAGAGUUUAGAUGAACCACAGACAAUAGAUCCUAAACAGACGGAGAAGAGUCCUGUUGCUCCAGAGGAACCUUCUUCCGAGGAGGCCGUAGUAGAGACUCCUAAUGACCCGUCUGAGACGCUAGAACCACUAUCCAACCUCCUAACCCAACCCACAGAGGAGGAAGUCGAGGGCGUUCUAGACAGUUCGCAACCUGUACUGGCAGAGCAGAGCCCAGGAAGCCCAGCAGCCCAGCCAUCACACACACUGUCCCUUCCUACAGAAGAUGUAGCCACUCAAUCACUAGCAUCACCCCAACAAACAGAGCAGAUGGUAGAGACAGCUACAGAGCCCCGGCUAGAACAGUCUGCUGUUGAACAGCAGUCCACUGAAGCUGCGCUGGAAGGAGAGGUGGUGGUGGGAGAAAAGGAGGAGAGUCAGGACCUAGUAGAAGAGACAUUUCGUGAACAGGCAGAGUCUCAAACCAACACAGAGGAAGAUGAGAUGCAGUCAGAACGGCUUCCACAGCAGGAACAGAGUCCGGAACAGGCUAGUGACACAGUUCAGCAACCGUUAGCGCCGCAACCGUUAGCGCCUCAGCAAGCGAUGCAGACUAACACUAAGCCCCUGGGGGAUCUCCUUCUAACAGCACCACUCCAGUCACAGCCUGAAACAGUGCAGCCAGACUCUGAGCUUCUGCCCCCAGAACAGGAACCGGCAGAGACACUUCCACAGGCACACCGACAGGUGGUGCCAGAGAGUCCCUCUGAGCAGGGAGCCACGGAGAGUGUAGCAGAAGCAGAACAGGAACUAUAUCUGUCAGAGGAGGAGCAGCAGCAACUAGCACAACAGGCACUUCCUGUGCAGGUGGAACAGCAGCAACAACAACAUCCUGUUCUAGAGGAACUACAGAAGCAGCCUCUCCAACCAGAGGGGCAAUCACAGACCACCCUUCCCGCCGAGCCCUCACCUGUUCCAGCCGAGACAGACACUGCUCUGGAGGUGGAGGGCCGUAGCUCCCCUCCCAAGGCAGAGGAGUCCCCAGACGAGAGCUCCACGGACGAGGGGGAGAGCGUGGAGGAGGUGGUGGGCUCGGCCCUGCCCAACGGGCUGAAGCCAGAGUUCGUCCUUCACCUGCUGGACCCCGAAGGCCCUAAGCCUGGGCCUGGUAGCUGUGUGAUGGAGCACGUGAGUGUGACAGCAGAACUGAACUGUGGUCAGGACCUGGAGGAGUUGUUGCUGGAGGCCAGCCUGGAGACUGGGAGAGACGCACCAUAGCCGUGUCAUGGUACACCUACACUAACUACAACGCCACAUUUGCGUGGUUUUGUUGGAGAGAGGAACACAGGAACUCGUAUCGUCUGUGUCUCGGUGACUCUUGUUGCUCCUACAAUUUUUUCCCGUUGUCAUAAUCCCACAACUCACCACCGCCACCUCUAUGACAACAGAGGACCAGUUGUCAUCUAAGUAAUACACCUAAUAAAUAAAUAAAAAUAAGACACAAAACAAUAAUCAUUGAGCUUCAUCACAGCACGUAAGGAAUUAACUACGUUUUCAACCGAAACGCACACACGUUAUAUUUUAAAGAAAGUAAUAAAUAAAAAAAAAAGAAGGCAAAAGGUUAGUGUGAUUUUCUUCCUAUCACUACAUUCCGUCAAUCAGGAAACCACAUUCAUGCAGGGAGCGGGAGGUGAGAAAGAAGUAGAUAGGGAAGGAGGGGCUUAAUCACUGCUCUAACCCAAGACACAGGACACACUGCUCACCCCCUGCUCCACCCCGACCCUGUGUUCUUGACACUGACACAAAACCUUACUAUUGCCCUCUGCUGGAGGAAAGAGAAAGUGCACAGCUGUAUGUGACAGUGUGGGACCCAGCCAAGAGGACCCACUGGCUUUUUAGUGUGUCAUUCUCUGACAAUGACAGUUGGGCACAGAGGGUUUUAUAACCAAGGAAGGCGUGACAGGAGAAGGCAUUUGUUUUGUGCGUAUUUGUCCCCCCCCCCCCCCCCCACACCUCGUAAGGGGAUCUCUGCCAAAGUGACUGCUUUCUUUUGUGUUCCUUCCGUUCGCUUUGGCCCCCCCUCAGGAAUCGUCCCCGCCAGUCUCUCUCCAGCAACGCUCUGGAACACCCAAACCAUCUGUCAUCUGCCAAAAACACACUGUCUCAGUCCAAAAUGUAUUUUUGGAUGAGAUGGCGGAGUUACUUUCAUCUAAAGCCUUCUGGAAACCUCUGUAAAUGUUGGAUAACAAAAUGUCUGCCUUGAUGGAGUAAUGCCGUUCAUUACAGAGUAAGUCUACCCUUUUUUUCCUCCACCGGACAGUCAUCAGACAUUCUUUUAUGUUUGUCCGCCCAGAGUGAUUAAUUGUAGUGUGCCACUCGAUAGGAGUAACAAGAAAAAGUAGUUCUGACUUUGUCUGUCGUGUCCUCCCCUCUUUCUUUCAGUCUUCUGCUGGUACAACACUGUGCCAUCUCAUUUCCCAGCUCAACGCAGGAUUAAUGUUGCCUUCGACUCGACUAGGUUUAAAUUUUAUCUCCUUUUGUUUUGCUGCUUGGAGAAAUCAGUCGUUUAUUUAUUUUAUAUGAGCCUUUUACUUUGUGUGAUUUAUUGUUCUCCCGUUCUCUCCCUCUUUAUUAGUUAUUUUCCAUGGGGUUUGCUUUUAAAGAUUUCCCCCCUUUGGUGUAUAUUUCAGUUUCAAAUUAGAGCUAUUAUUAUGUAGUUUUUUUGGGGGGGGGGGGUCUGAUGUAAAUGAGACUGCUGGGUGGAGGGAUCAACGGUUAUGGCAAUAGGGAGGGAGUGCAGUUAUGAAAAUAAACGAAACGGACGUUUUCCUAAGGAGGGGCAGUGUGAAUGGUGGUUGACAUCACUGAUAACACACUGACUGAGAGACUAUUCCUGUUUUGAGACUUCACAUCUUUAACACUACUGUGCUAGGUUAAGCUAUGGCCACCUGGGGGCACUGGGGCUGCUGGUGUUUUCCUUUCUAGAUAUACUGUAUUACCCAACAGCAGCUACUGCUUAAGACUCUUGUAGGCCAGGAGGACAUUGAUUUGAACACAAACAUGUGGGUGAAAGUUUGAGUGAACUUCCCAACAACACUGAGGACAUGUGAGCCUGAACGCCCAUCGCUGGGAACCUAUGGGCCAGCUACCAAGGGCCCUAUUCAACUGGUAUCCAAAAGGUGCUUUCUUACAGUGCAAGAAGAAUACAGGUUUGUCACAACCGCGGGAUCCUCUGGAUAUAGGUUUUGGUUGAGUAGAGCCCCUUGUUUCAAUCCGUCUGUUCUAUUUCCCCUGGUCAACCAGGUUGUUUUUCAACCCAAAUCUUCAUUGCUGUGCUGCCCUCACUAUUUGUAAUGCUUACACUUUUUUUGUUGUCAUUUUUAAUUAUUUGUUAAAUUAAUUGAAAUGUGCUGGUAAUCACAAAGAUAUGUAUGGCAACUCUUUUUGUUCCUCUCUCUCUCAAAUAAAUGCAUGUAAUGACUAA